AUGAGCACCACCACAGGCCCAGAAGCUGCUCCCAAGCCAAGUGCCAAGUCUAUCUAUGAGCAAAGGAAGCGUUACUCCACUGUGGUUAUGGCCGAUGUGUCCCAGUACCACGUCAAUCACCUAGUGACAUUCUGCCUGGGCGAGGAGGAUGGUGUGCACACUGUGGAGGAUGCCUCCAGGAAGCUGGCCGUCAUGGACAGCCAGGGCCGCGUCUGGGCACAGGAGAUGCUACUGCGAGUGUCCCCUGACCAUGUCAAGCUGCUCGACCCUGUCUCCAAGGAGGAGCUGGAGAUGUACCCGCUGGGUGCCAUAGUGCGCUGCGACGCGGUGGUACCACCAGGUCGCAGCCGCUCACUGCUGCUCCUGGUGUGUCAGGAGCCUGAGCGCUCGCAGCCGGACGUGCAUUUCUUCCAGGGGCGGAGCCUCGGAGCGGAGCUGAUCCGAGAGGACAUCCAGGGGGCUCUGCACAAUUACCGGUCGGGCCGCGGGGAGCGCAGGGCGGCGGCGCUCAGGGCCACUCAGGAGGAGCUGCAGCGCGGCCCCUCGCCCGCAGCCGAGACCCCACCUCUGCAGCGCCGUCCGUCGGUCCGCGCAGUGAUCAGCACCGUGGAGCCGGCCGGGGCCCGAGGGCGACCCCAGGUGGAAUCCAUCCUCGAGGCGGAGGAGGCAGGGAGACCUGGCCCUGCGCGCACCGCCAGCAUACCCGUCCCGGCCUCCCCGGACCUGGGCCCGCGAGGUCCUGAGCUGUCCAGUCUGCAGGCUGAGCGGGAAGUGGACAUCCUGAACCACGUGUUCGACGACGUGGAGAGCUUCGUAUCCAGGCUGCAGAAGUCGGCAGAGGCAGCUCGCGUGUUGGAGCACCGGGAACGCGGCCGGAGGACGCGGCGCCGGGCAGCUGGGGAGGGCCUGUUGACGCUGCGGGCUAAGCCGCCCUCGGAGGCCGAGUACACCGACGUGCUUCAGAAAAUCAAGUAUGCCUUCAGCCUGUUGGCCCGGUUGCGCGGCAACAUCGCUAACCCCUCCUCCCCAGAGCUGCUGCACUUUCUGUUCGGACCUCUGCAGAUGAUUGUGAACACAUCAGGCGGUCCUGAGUUCGCGAGCAGCGUGCGACGGCCGCACCUGACGGCCGAGGCCGUGAUGCUGCUGCGAGACAAUGUCACCCCUCGUGAAAACGCGCUCUGGACCUCGCUUGGGGACUCGUGGACCCUCCCAGGGCUGGAGCUGCCCCUGGAGGAAGGAGCCCCAUACAGCCCCGAGUUCUACAGCGGCUGGGAGCCCCCGGCCACUGACCCUCAGGGCCGCGCCUGGGAGGACCCAGUGGAGAAACAGCUACAACACGAGCGGCGGCGCCAGCAGCAAAGCGCCCCCCAAGUCGCUAUCAAUGGUCACCAAGAUCCGGAGCUGGAAGCUGAGCCCCAGCUGCAGCCAGAACCAGCAGGAAAGUGGGUCCUAUGUAAUUAUGACUUCCAGGCCCGCAAUAGCAGUGAGCUUUCCGUCAACCAUCGGGACGUGUUGCAGGUCCUGGAUGACAAGCGCAAGUGGUGGAAGGUUCGGGACCAACAGGGCCAGGAGGGAUAUGUACCCUAUAAUAUCCUGACACCCCACCCUGGACCCCGGAUGGACCGCAACCAAAGCAAUGCUCGAAGCCUGGAGAACAGCUCUCUGCCUCCCCCACCAGCCCCUGCUCCGCCCCCUGCUCAGGUUCGGCCCCACUGGACCAGCUGCGACAGUCUCAACAACUUGGACCCCAGCGAGAAGGAGAAAUUCUCCCAGAUGCUCAGUGUCAACGAGGAACUACAGGCGCGCCUGGCCCAAGGCCGCUCGGGGCCUAGCCGCGCAACCCCGGGACCCCGCACCUCAGAGCCGCUGCUCAGCCCGCGCUCCGACGCCUCGGAGGUCCGCACCUGGCUGCAGGCCAAGGGCUUUAGCUCGGGGACGGUGGACGCGCUGGGCGUGCUGACCGGCGCGCAGCUUUUCUCCCUGCAAAAGGAAGAGUUGCGUGCAGUGAGCCCUGAGGAAGGGGCGCGAGUGUACAGCCAAAUCACCGUGCAUCGUGCGCUGCUGGAGGACAAAAAGAAAGUGUCAGAGCUGGAGGCGGUGAUGGAGAAGCAAAAGAAGAAAGUGGAAGGCGAGACCAAAACGGAGAUCAUCUGACCCUUCCCGGCCCCUUCACACGAAGUGAUGAGCUAGCGGGUUCCCCGCGCCCCGAGGGACAACAGACGCCGGACUGCCCCCGCCAGUGGAAGUGGAUUCCCGCAGGGCCGCCGGCCUGUUCCCGCCCUAAUGCGCAGACUCUGCAGCCCUCGGGAGCCGUGCGGACCCGCGGGGUAGAGAGACAAUUUGUGAUUAUGGAAAGCACCUAGGGGGCCUGGAGAGGCUCGCCCGAGCGCUGCGCAUUGUGAUAUGCUGCCCAGUCUAUAAACAGCCCCCUCUUAGCAGGCCGUGUCACCUGCUGUCCUCUCUAACCGGCCAGCUAUCAGG